AGGAAGAUGCAUAUUAAUAACUGAGCAUUUCAACUGAGCGCAGUAGCUUACAGUUAAACGUGUGAACCACACCCAGUUCAUGAUCUCAGUGCUGACUCUGUUCUCACCAUUUAUCGUCUGGACGCUGGAGACGAGCCUCGUUACUGAACGGCUGCUGUGAUGAGGUCAUUGAGAAUGGCUCCUCCUCUUCCUCUGGUCUUUCUGCUCAUGACUGCUGGAGCUUUUGGAACAGAGUGGAGUGUGAAGUACAACCAACAGGAAAUCUGUGCUUUAAAAGGAUCCACAGUGUUUAUGAACGGAACUUUUACUCACCCAGAACAUCUCACAGUGACAGCGAAGUUCUGGUUCAUACACGCAGAUCCAGGGGUGGAGCCGACUGACCUGCGUAAAGACCCAGUUUAUUCAGUCAGAGUCGAGUGUUUAACUGAUGAUCAGAAACACUUCUCCCUCAAACUGAGUGAUGUGAUGAAGAAGGAUGAACAUCAGUUCCGCUUCAGAAUCAUAACAAAUGAAGAAAAAGGAAGAUGGACAGGUGAACCUGGAGUUCAGCUCAGAGUUACAGAGCUCCGUGUAGAAGCUCCUGAAGAAGUGACCGAGGGAGAAACAGCAGAUCUGACAUGUAAGACCACCUGCAGUCUGACUGACCCAACAUUCAUCUGGUACAAAAAUGGACGUCGUUUAACCACAAAGACCAUCAAGAACAACCAGCUCCACCUGCAGACAGUCAGCAGUGAGGAUGCAGGCAGUUAUAGCUGUGCUGUAGGAGGAUCUCAACACCUCCGCUCUACUGCUCACAGCCUCAGAGUCAGAUAUCCUCCAAAGAGGGUUUCAGUGUCCAUCAGUCCCUCUGGUGAAAUAGUGGAGGGCAGUUCAGUGACUCUGUCCUGCAGCAGUGAUGGAAACCCACCUGUGAAGAACUACACCUGGUUUAAAGAAGGUGGAACCUCACCUGUAGGAUCUGGACAGAAUUACAGCAUCAUCAACAUCACUGCUGACCACACUGGACUGUACUACUGUGAAGCUCAGAAUGACCAUGGAGCUCUGAAUGGAACUGUGACGGUCACUGUUACGAGAGAGGUACCAACCCCUAUGCAGGAGUUUGGUUCCAGAGCCGACACUAGAGGAGCUUUUGGAACAGAGUGGAGUGUGAAGUACAACCAACAGGAAAUCUGUGCUUUAAAAGGAUCCACAGUGUUUAUGAACGGAACUUUUACUCACCCAGAACAUCUCACAGUGAAUGAGACUUUCUGGUUCAUAAACCCAUAUGUGAUUUUUGAUCUGACUAAAGACCCAGAUUAUUCAGGGAGAGUCGAGUUUUUCAUUGAUGAUCAGAAACGCUUCUCCCUCAAACUGAGUGAUGUAGUGAAGAAGGAUGAACAUUGGUUCUGCUUCAGAAUCAUAACAGAUGUAGAAGAAGAAAGAUGGUGGGGUUAUCCUGGAGUUCAGCUCAGAGUUACAGAGCUCCAUGUAGAAGCUCCUGAAGAAGUGACAGAGGGAGAAACAGCAGAUCUGACAUGUAAGACCACCUGCAGUCUGACUGACCCAACAUUCAUCUGGUACAAAAAUGGACGUCCUUUAACCACAAAGACCAUCAAGAACAACCAGCUCCACCUGCAGACGGUCAGCAGUGAGGAUGCAGGCAGUUAUAGCUGUGCUGUAGGAGGAUCUCAACACCUCCACUCUACUGCUCACAGCCUCAGAGUCAGAUAUCCUCCAAAGAACGUCUCAGUGUCCAUCUGUUCCUCUGGUGAAAUAGUGGAGGGCGGUUCAGUGACUCUGACCUGCAGCAGUGAUGGAAACCCACCUGUGAAGAUCUACACCUGGUUUAAAGAAGGUGGAACCUCACCUGUAGGAUCUGGACACUGUUACAGCAUCAUCAACAUCACUGCUGACCACACUGGACUGUACUACUGUGAAGCUCAGAAUGAUCGUGGAGCUCUGAAUGGAACUGUGAUGGUCAGAGUUGGUCUGCAGUCUGGUUUGCAGUGGGAGGAGGUGGUUUUCUCCUUAUUCCUGUCCUAA